GAGAGUCCAGGAAGAGAGAAAUGGCUACUGCAACUGCCAUUAUCAGUAAACUCUACUGUUCGGCCUCACAAGUAAUCCUCACUGUGAGGAGAAGACCUCGUGUUGUUAAUGGAGGAGGUUUUGUAGUCACGGAUUGUAGCCAGAAGAUUAUUUUCAAGGUAGAUGACUGUGGAACUCUAGGCACAAAAGGAGAAGUGAUCCUGAGAGAUGCUGAAGGAGAACCAGUACUUCUAAUUCGCCGGAAGGAAGGCAUGUUUCAAGCACUAGGAAUUCAUAGGCAAUGGAAGGGUUACAUGGUGGACUAUGAAGGGGCAGAGAAGUUGGUUUUCAGCUUAAAAGAGCCACACUCUUUCCAUGCAAGGAACAAUUCCAUUAGAGUAAACGUUGGAUCUAAGCGAUACAACGUGAACAAGGAUUGGGAUUUUGAGGUUAGGGGUUUUUUCCCUGAUAAAGCUUGUGCCAUUAUCGAUUCCACAGGAAACACAGUUGCGAAGGUUGAAGUACAGAAGGAGGUUCAGUUGAUGAUGGUAAGCAAGGAUCUCUAUCAGGUGGUGGUGCAACCGGGAUUUGAUCAAGCUUUUGUUUUCGGGGUAAUUGCUGUUCUUGACAAUAUCUAUGACAAAACUACUCAGUGUUGAUCAGGCUUUGAGAUGAAGGACAAGGAGUCUACCACAAUUAACUUAAGCAACUCUGUUAAAUGGUAAACAAGACCACACUGCAGAUACCAUCUCUUGAGUGAAUCAUUCACUGAAGCUGUAAAAGACAUUAAGAUUUUGUGAUUGUUCCAGGUGUAAAGUUAUAUGUUCAUUUUUCUCAGUUGGAGUGGAGUU